GCGCGCGCCUGUGUCGCCCUUUUUAGAACUACAUCAAGUUUGCGCUAACAUAAAUGUCUUUGGCAACUAAUUCCUCGCAAACCGAGGUAAACGGGGAGAUACAAUGUCCGUGUAAAAAAUACAAGAUGGAUAAACCUACAGUGACUGUUGUUUUGGGUGCUCAAUGGGGAGACGAAGGAAAAGGAAAAGUCGUAGAUAUGUUGGCUAGCGAAACAGACAUCGUGUGCCGCUGUCAGGGCGGCAACAAUGCUGGUCACACAGUCGUGGUGGACGGCCAAGAGUUUGACUUCCAUUUGCUGCCUAGCGGUAUCAUCAAUCCGAAAUGCACAUCUGUUAUUGGAAACGGCGUGGUUAUUCACCUACCUGGCCUGUUUGAUGAGCUUCAGAAGAACGAAGCGAAAGGCAUGAAAGACUGGCAACGUAGGCUCAUCAUUUCCGAUAGAGCACAUCUCGUCUUCGAUAUGCAUCAGCAGGUGGAUGGACUACAAGAGCAAGAGAAAGGCAAGCAUUCCCUCGGUACCACCAAGAAAGGUAUCGGCCCGACUUACUCGGCGAAGGCGGCGCGAAACGGCAUUCGGAUAGGGGACUUGCUCGGCGAAUUCUCCCUUUUCGAAGAGAAGUUUCGAAAUCUUGCCGAGCAGUACAAAAGAAUGUUUUCGAGUUUAGAUGUAGAUGUACAGGCAGAGUUAGAAAGGUAUAGAGGGUACGCGAAAGAGAUACGGCCUUUAGUGAGGGACACUGUUACAUAUCUCCACGACCAGAUUAAAGCCGGGCGAAAGGUGUUAGUGGAAGGCGCUAAUGCUGCUAUGCUGGACAUUGAUUUUGGAACUUAUCCGUACGUGACGUCAUCGAACUGCAGCAUUGGCGGCGUGUGCACCGGCCUGGGCCUACCGUGCAAGGUAAUCGGCGACGUGAUCGGCGUCGUGAAGGCGUACACCACGCGUGUCGGGGACGGACCUUUCCCAGCCGAACUACACGAUGACAUAGGCAAACAACUUCAAACGCGAGGUCAUGAAAUAGGUGUCACCACGAAGCGCGUGCGCCGUUGCGGCUGGCUCGACCUCAUCGUCGUGAGAUACACCGCAAUGGUGAAUGGAUACACCUCAUUAUGUCUAACAAAGCUGGACAUUCUGGACACGCUGAAGGAGAUCAAGAUCGGCGUGGGGUACACGCUCAACGGCGAGCGCAUCAAUUAUUUCCCCUCCUCUAUGAAAGAACUUGGCGAUGUCCAGGUGGAAUACAUAAGUUUGCCGGGCUGGGGGACCAGUAUAGAAGAUAUUAGAGAGUUCAGCAAGCUGCCUUGGGAGGCGCGAAGCUACGUGAAGACCAUCGAAGAAUUCCUGCAAAUACCUAGCUGGUUACACAUGGCGCCGUGGCGGCGGCGUUUUUUCCUGCUGCGGUGCCGCAAGAGAUACGGCGUCAUACCGCAGCACCAGCGGUAAAAUGCAGCCCGUACGGCGUCAUUUACUAAAAUCGUACAUUGGUAGGGACUUGCGGCAAAUGUGUAUGCAAGUAUGUGUGUAUACAAAUGCAAGGGCGACUACAGUGCCGCGCGCGUGUCACUGCAACUGCGCUUCUAAAUAUUGUAUGAAAAUCAGUGGCGCGACUGCAGUGCCACUGCAGCAUUUCUAUAAUUUAUAGGCGCCCUUUGUACGGCAGGCGCAAAUUAAUAUUAAACACCGCUCCUGGAACUUAAUGUCUUGUGUUCAGAGAUUAGGCAACAAAAUUCUAUAUUUCUGGUUUAGCCAAUAAUUAAAUUAACUCUGUCAUAUUAGAAUGUUGCAUCUAUUAUAAAAGUUUUGAAAAAUUUCAAUGUGAAAAUAUUAAUAA